AUGUCCCCAACACUGAAAAAUGUGGGUCACGACGACGCCGCCGGAAGAAAGGUUAAGGAGGUGCAUUAUAGGGGAGUGAGGAAGAGACCUUGGGGGAGAUAUGCGGCUGAGAUCCGUGACCCGGGAAAGAAAACUCGGGUCUGGCUAGGAACCUUUGACACGGCCGAGCAAGCCGCUAGAGCCUACGACUCCGCCGCGAGAGAGUUCCGUGGUUCCAAGGCAACAACCAACUUCCCUUUCAGCGGCGGCGUCGAUGCAGGGAAUGCUUUGGGGACCCAUGUGACGGCGCGUGAGGGAGUUUGUGGAAAUAAUGUUUCGGGCGUGUUAGCUCCAACGGUUACUGGGUUUUUCUUAGAUCUGCCGCAUGCUACUGCGUCCAGAGAGGAGCUGGUUCGAGGUUUCCCAGUCCGGUUCGAGCCAAUGGAAAUGGGAUUGAGUAUCGGUCUCAGAACCACCGUGGAAGUCAAGAGGGAUGCAGCUGAUUAUAAGCUGCGAAGGGAUCUGAAUCUAGAACUUAGCUUAGCUCCAUCGAUGGACGUUUAG